CAAGAAUUUUUAAGCCCAUAUACCUUCAGCAAACUAAUUAAUUUCUUAAGGCACCGCGUCCGAUUCAUGGCCGAUCCCCCCGAGGUGGCCAUAUGUGUCUGAGAUACAACAACGAGUGUCCUCCAGCGUCCGCUGUGUUGCAAGUCAACUUUCCAGGUUUUACUGGCGAACGAACAAACCAACGGACACAGCCAAAAGAGGCGCCGAGCUUAGGCAACGAAACUGCCCCUUCAGCACGUCUGGCUAUGCCAUUACGGUCGCUAAAUGCUGACCAAGUAUGUACUCGCAAUUGCUUUCUUUGUUAUUUUGACGCGUGCACCGCCAUAUUGGCAAUAUUGGUGAGAGAGGAGGCUCUAGCCAGGCGUUGGUAGAGGCGUGCACGCGCUGGGUUGAUCUGUCGCGGCUGCAGUUCAUUGGACCCAUAGAGUUUCUUUGUGAUUGGACCAUUGGGGUUUGUGACCUUAUUUGGCAAAGCACUGGGCUCGGCGGAUGCGGCCACAGCCGCCAUUGCCCGCACUCCUCAGACAAUUGCGGCUGCGACCCACUGACCUCCACUAGCCCUAGUGGAGAUCAGUGUUGUGGCCCUCGCAAUGCCGUAAUGCUCAACCAUGGCUACAUUCAACAGUCUGCAGGACGACCUCGUCCUAUGUCCCUACAGCCAGCACCACAAGGUGAAGAGAGGGCGGCUCAACAUACAUAUAUCAAAAUGUAGAAGAGACCUACGCCGCCGACGACUGAAGCCCUGUCCGUUCAAUCCCGACCAUGACGCGCCCGCCGAAGCGGAAGAGUAUCGCCGGCACCUGGCUACCUGCCCUGAUCGAACCACCAAGUUGCUGUGCACGGCGAGCAGGGACGACCCUCCUUAUGAGGUUCCGGCGCCAGGAGGGGCGAAACCUUUCCUUCACGAGCCCGAAGAGGAGUGGGUCGUGGAACCAGGUCGGCCGAUCAACCCAUUCAAGCCUGCCGUCCCGCCCAUCUUCCGUACAGUUACUGGACUCAAACCUGCGGAGCGGCGGCGGUACUACCAAUCGCUAAGUGCGAACGGCCCUCCAGUGGUGUACGUGCCUGGCAGGUACCCGCAGACGUCAUCCGUACCUACCUCCAAGCCGAGCUGCAACACACAUGGCCUUGGAAAGGGGGACAGCGCGGAUGAGGAAGAAAGCUGGGAUGAAGCUCCGCGAAUUGAACCCAGGGCAGUCCGGCCGCCAGUCUUCCAGGCUGUCCAGCCCCACAGCCACCAGGCCACUCAAGCCCAGACCAGCCAUUCGGGGACCGACCAGGCUGUCCAGCCAAAGACCAGCCAGUCCUGCUUUACCCUGCAGGCCGAAGCGAGCCUUCCCUGCGGUGCCCAGGAGGCUCGGGCACAGAAGACUGGGCGUUCAUGGGUUGUCCCACAGGCUGACCAUGCCAAGGUCAGCCAGCCCUACAGUGCCCAGGCCAUUCGUCAGCAGUCCGACCAGGCCAGCUGUGCAGGCCAGGCCACCCAGGAACAGAGUGGCCAUCCAUGGACCACCAAGGCUGAGACCAGCAAACCAUAUGCUUCCCAGGCCACCCAGCCCCUGACCGGUCGUUCGAAGCCUCUGCUGGCUGUCCAGGCCGAGUCCAUGACCGGCGAGUACCGUGGCACCCGUGACCAGGCUCUGGUCGGCCAGCCCUAUGGUGGUGUGGCCACCCACCCGACUGGCCAUUCGCGGGCCGUGCAAGCCUCGGCCAACCAACCUCAGGCUGUCCAGACCUUGACCACCCAAGACCAGAAUGCCCUGCCAGCACCAGAGGCAAUCGAUGUGGAUGCCCUUGCUCGGAGGCUCAUGGGGCUCGGCAGUGCUCGACAGCACUGAAGCUAGGACUGAGCCUUGCCAAAGCAGCCAGCGCAGUUCUUGAAGUCACUCGGGUGCUUCUUCUUUUCUUCUGCAUUUUUCACUGUUUUCUUUUUCAGUUGUUUGUUUUGUCACAUUAGAGAGAAGUCUGUCAUUGCUUGUGCGUAAACCUCAAUAAAGGGCUUUU